AUGUUGAAUUUUGAUUGCUUUAGGCAGAAUGCAAAUCGUGGUCGACCAGAAAGGAGGCUUUCUCUGGGAGAAUACAGGAGGGCAGAAUCAUGGUCAAAAUACCUGGUCUCUGAUGGUGGAGAGAUAAAAGAAGGAGAAGAGGAAUGGAGUGCUGAUAUGUCUGAAUUGUUCAUAGGUGAUAAAUUUGCGAAAGGCCGGCAUAGUCGGAUCUACCGUGGGAUGUACAAGCAGAGAGAAGUGGCAAUAAAGAUUGUGAGUCAACCAGAGGAAGAUGAGAUUUUGGCUUUAUCAUUAGAGAUGCAGUUCAAAUCAGAAGUGUCUUUUUUGUUGUGCCUCCAGCAUCCAAAUAUUGUUGGUGUAAGUUCACUAUACUACUUGGUGUGCUAAGUCACCUUUUAGCAUAUUGUGCAGUCUACGUUGCUUCAAUUUUUUUUCAAUCGUUCACAGCUUUUCCUCCUUGUGUAAUCUCCCGUAUUUUUGGUACAUUUGUUCUUAUUUUGGGGUUUAUAUAAUAACGUUUCUAGAAAUAGCAGACUCUAUUUCAAGAAUCAACGACAAAUUAUACUAUCCGUAGUUUCUGGCUGGUUUGAGAGAUGAGGUUGUUUUGGUAGAUGUUUCAUCUUGCUUGAUGUAUCUUUCCUGCUCUUUUUUGGAUUAGUUCAUAGCUAAGUGUAUCAUUUUGAAAGAGUAAAUCUAAUGGAACCUGCAGCCCCAGGUUUAGUGGGAAAACCAAAUCAUCCAAAUAUCUGAUGUCACUGGAAAAAUGGAGUAUAAAGCCUAUUGUCAUUCUUUUGGGAAAUCUUAAAUUUUUCAGCACAAUGAUAACCCGCCUUACAUCAAUUUUGUUUUAUAAGUGAAGGAAUAGGCAUAUUUCCUAUAUUUCAGAUAGUUCAAUGAUAGGCCUCUUUAUCCCGUGUCUGGGUCGUAUUUCUAGGGUACUGUACAUCCCUGGAAUGCUGUUCUCGGAGGUUUGAUCUACUAACGGUCUGGGAAAACAUCCAGGCUGAAGACUUUUUGUUUGAAAUAGAUAGAACUCGAGGCAUCACCAAAUUAAAAAGUUGGUAAAAACCAUUUCAGCUUCCCCAACACCAGAAAUUUCAAGGAGACGAAAAAUAAUAAUAUCUGAAUAUUUUAUAUGCCAAAAAAAAUCCAUAAUCUAUCCCAACUUGAGUUAUAAAAUGACAUUGUAAACAUAGGCAAUUAAAUCUGAUCAUAAGCCAGACUUUUAGAAUGGCCUGUUUGGUCUAAUCAAGUAAAAGAUUUUUGGAACUAGUGAUGAGGGCAUUCUGAAAAUUUCUCCUAUACAAUUUCACGAACAUCCUCUGAUACGUUUUAUCAGAUAUGGCAGAAGAAAUAGUCUUUCUAUAAGCCAUCCGAUGUUCAUCACCCUUUUCUGGUUCUUCAUCUGAUCCAUGUGAUAUGUGUCAAUUUUCAGAUAUCUGCUCUCGCCUGUUUCCAAAAUAAAUAGAUCAGGACAAUUUGGUCAAAAAAAACCGAAACGAGCCAAAAUGAAAAAAUGGAAUAAAUUUGUGAUACAGCGCUCUCCAUUCAAUUAUAUCUACCCGGGCACUAAGAAAUACCUCUUCCGGACUAUCGAAAUCAAGAAUUUGUCAAAUUUGAAAGGACUCGAAGAUAUAACGAAUUGCAAUUGCAGACAUCUCCCUAUUGUUUCCAAUGAACUCUAUGAACUCUUCUUCUCUCCCUUAUAAUUUUUCUUCAGGCUUUUCUGGCAAAAAGUUCAGCAUUAAUGUAUCCUUCUAAACAACUUGAAAAAAAUAGAACAGGAAAUGGAUGAUGUCUGAGAGACUAUAGCCUAACUCGUUUCACAAAAUAAUUAUCUCUCAGUAAAAAGCCCUUAGACUCACUCCCACGAACCAACUUCGUUAGAGAAACCUAACUAUGUCCCUCUCACCAACUCUUCCUUCAUAUAUCAUCAUGUUCUUUGCAUUAUCUAAUAAUAUCCACUUUCACUCCCUUUCAGAUUCCCUAGACACCAUGCUAUGAACGCCUAUCAAGUUCCACUAAAUUUUCUUUAUUCGAAAAACCUCCGAUUUUGAAUCCCCUUCCCUUUUUUCUUCUUCCUGGCUCACCCCUUCUCCAUUUUUCUAGUUUCGUGAUCUCCUUUCCCCCCUACCUUAUCCGUUAUUGGACGUGUUUUUGUUCUUAUUCUUCAUAAUUCCCACUUGAAGCCUCAAUUUGACAUUAUGGAAAGGCAUUUUAAAUGUCUUCAUCUAUUCUACCAGUGUCUCCUGGACUCCCCACAUACAUAUUCCAGUUAUGUUGUCAUUUCCUCCAUCUUUCCCCCAUAUCUUCUUCCCUCAUGUUUAUCAGCUCGUUUCCAGACUGACCUGCUGACCUCAUCCUGAAGCGCCAAACUUUUCCUUCAUUCUUCAUACUUUCUAGGCCUGAACCUGUUUUCACAGGCAUCGUACAAAGGAAUCAGCAGUGUCUGAUCCAAGUUCUGAUUCAGGGGGCUUCCAAUGUGUUGAUUUAGGAGCUGAAUCACCACUGCAAAGUAGAGAUAGGGAUUCAUGCUUAGACAGAUUUAAAGAAGUAAAAGGUUUCCCUUUCCAUCAUUGCCCUAUAACCGCUGCUUCUACCGAAGAAUGACAAUUUUUUGAGCUAUUCACAGUUAGAAAUAGCUUCCGUGGGAUCCUGUGACACUCCCCAGACCACUGACCGCAAUCUUUUGCCCAUUUUGAUUCGACCGUCAUGUGAGGCAGUCAACCCAAUUGAUCUUACCCUCCUCCCCCGGUUCCUUGGCUGAUAUGCCGCUUGCCAGAAGCAGAGACCUUGCUGCCAUCCCUCGGAGUUCUGUUGAGGGAUCCCCGUCCUUUGGUUACUCCCACCCCUGGUCAUGUUUCUAGCAGGAGAUUCUGACUUCCCCUCUAGAAACAUUAUCUGAUUGACGCCUCAAACCUGCUGCCAUAUAUGGUGGGAUGGCCUUCUUAGCCAUUGAUUGCUUGUGUCGUAUCAUCUCCUGCUCACUUUCCCCACUACAAGUUUGAUAAUGAUGUUUAGUUGACUCUUGAUGUGCUGGAAAUGAGUAACAGUAAAUCAGCAGAAAUCCACCCAGUGCUUCUCGUCCUCUGCCUGAUGCCAAUACACGCUGUGCAACUGAAGAAUGUGGUUAUUAAUGGAAAUCAAGACAUUGCCCCCCCCCCAUAUAUGCAUUUUGUCUAAUUAUUACUAUGUUCUCAUCUCCCCCGCUCAUUCCGCUUCUGCUGUAGUUCGUCGCAGCAUGCAAGAAGCCUCCGGUGUUCUGCAUCAUCACCGAAUACUUGUCGGGGGGCUCUCUGAGGAGAUACCUCCACAAGCAGGAACCACACUCUCUCCCUCUCAAGCUGGUAGUGAAGCUGUCCUUGGACAUUGCUCGUGGAAUGAGUUACCUUCAUUCUCAGGGGAUACUCCACAGGGAUCUGAAAUCGGAGAAUCUACUUCUUGCGGAAGAUAUGUCCGUCAAAGUUGCCGAUUUCGGAAUCUCCUGCCUGGAGUCUCAGUGCGGCGACGCAAAAGGCUUCACAGGCACAUACCGAUGGAUGGCCCCUGAGAUGAUCAAAGGGAAGCACCAUACUCGGAAGGUUGACGUCUACAGCUUCGGCAUAGUCCUCUGGGAGCUCCUCACAGCGUUGACCCCUUUCUCCGAUAUGACUCCAGAGCAAGCUGCUUUUGCCGUCGCCCAGAAGGUAUGCUGAGCCUUGCUUAGGAAACCCACCCAGAUUGGAGAUCAUAAUUAUUUCAUUUUAAGUGUGAAUUCAGUCAUCUUCCUGCGUAUUUGUUCAUUGCCCCAGAACGCUCGGCCGCCUAUACCUGCUGACUGCCCUCCGGCUCUUGGUCGUCUCAUCACCCAAUGCUGGUCCGCAAACCCAGAAACGCGGCCUCAGUUCGACAAGAUCGUCUCCAUUCUCGAGACCUGGUCGGAGGGUCUGCAGCAAGAUCCGACGCUGUUUCUAUCACUAAAAUCUGUCGAACGGAGGGGGCUUGUAGGGCGUUUUCAGGAUGCAUUACAGUCUUCCGGCCUGCUGCGUCUUUGA